UGAUUUAAUAAUAUUGAUUAUUGAUUUUAAAACAAACAAAUCCUGAAAAAUAAUAAAUGGUCACAACUUUUUUUUAUUAACAAUUGAUUCGGUUUUUUUUUAUAUCUUUAGCAUGGAGUUAAUAUUAACUACACAAGAUGUAAAGCCUUUGAGCAGCACACUUCGAGGUCGUCUUCCUGCUCUAAGAUGAAACAAAAACAAAAACAAAAAAACCCCUCAAACAAUAGAGUCAGGCUGCAGGAAACAGAGGCGACGACACGUCUGCUGCACAUCUCUGCACUCAUAAGUGAAACAGAGCCGUGAAGAUGAACUGGGUGUGUGCUCUCCUCUUCGCGUGGCUGUCAGAAGCACAUGCAGCACUGAUCUUCAGAUAUCUGUCAGUCAACCAGUCCCUGGAACUCUCCUGCUCCCUCCGGCCGAGCCUCGGCAGCUUGAAGAGACUCCAUCUGUAUCACAGAGACCCUCAGAGUCAAACCACUCUUCUGUCCAUGUCGGAGGACGGAGAGCUGAGUGUCGCACCGCAGCACAGGUGGCGCCUGCAGCUCCGAGGAGGACCGCAGUCCCCGGAGGUCAACGUGACCCUGUCCCACUUACAGCAGCGCGACACGGGGCUGUACCUGUGUGAGCUGAGCUACACAGAGGUCACCGACCUGCUCCUCAGUGACCAUCAGGUUUUUGUGUUCGUUCACAGUGAAGGGAGACCGUGUCACUGCUCUUCCACCUACCUCCCUCUGAUGUUGACCAUCUUUGCAGCAUCAGGACUUCUUGCAGCUGCUCUCCUUUGGCUGGCCACAGACAAAUGUCUGAAUACAAAGCAUCACCACAGACCACAGCCCCCCAGUCAUAGCAUCUACGAGGUGAUGGACAGGAAGCAGCAGAGUGAGGUUACCUCCCAAAAUAACCUCGAGAUGACCUCACACCUGGAGGAGGAAAUCUAUCCUGUCUACGCCAACCCGAAGAUCAUUGACCAACCACAGGACAGCUACUACGCCUGUCCCAGAAAGCCCCACCUCAGAGCCUGACCAACAUGAGGAAAAAAAAAACGAAGAAAAAGACAACCAAACCUCAAACACAAUCAAAAGUCACAUUUAACAGCCAAGAAAAACAAUGCUAUUUUAUUAAUAUUUGAAAGAAGCUCCAUAGUUCAUGAAAAGAUUUGCUUCGGUGCAUGUCAUUUUAACGAUCACAUUCUAUGAGGAGAAAGAGAUAUACAGAGUGGAAAAAAAUAAAAACAUUACAAGC